GCGUCCGUCAGCUCGUUGCCGGCGUGACUUUUUACUUCCCGCCCAGCCCACCGGCUGACCCUCUGGCACUCUUCCACUCCUCCCCGUCCCACACUGCCUGGCUCACCUGGCUCACCACACCACCGUCUCCUCCGUCCUCCCUUUCUCGCCGUCUCGUCAGUCACUCGCUACUGCUUUCGAGACGCGUUCUUCACCUUCGCUUUGAUGUGUUUUUACAACCCUCUUCAAUGACCUUCGCUUGACCCUCGCCGUCUUUCGCUACGCCUCGUUUCCAACACUCGCUUGCCCUCCACAUCGCUGCAGCGCUGCACACCGGACCCAGCGGACCCACGACCCCGACGCGCAUCGAGCCUUCUCAUCUGCCUGCCUUCGACUGCGACUCCUCUUGCCUGUCUCCAUCGGUUCCGUCCGUGAUCCACCUCGCCUGGGCUGGAACGCUGUCGCAGCCUGCCCAAGGAGUUCUUUGCCCGGCGAAACUGCGGUUCCGAUGUCUGCUUCGGGCACCAUACUACCGUGGACUACUCACGCUACAGAUCUUGACCAUCGCGCGCAAUCAGCAGGAGGCUUCAGUAUGAACGGCAGACCCAUCUCGCAGCCGGCGGGGCCUCGACCCACGACCACCGUUGUACAGGUCUGCGCUGACGUGAAACCGCGCCUGACAAAGGACCAGCACGAAAUCCUCGAGCGACACUUUCAGGCCCAGCCAAAGCCGAGCACAUCGGUUAAAAAGGGAUUUGCUGACGCCCUCGGCGUUCCUCUCGACAAGAUCAAUAAUUGGUUUCAGAACAGACGAGCCAAAGUCAAGCAGGACGCUAAGAAGCAACUGAAUGCUCUUCAGCUCUUCCAGGCCACGUUCGGCCAGCAGUCUCAGCAGUACUUCGCGCAUCCUCCCCAACUUGCUCAGCAACUGCCUUAUCAUUACGGUCCACUACCUGUCGUGCCGUCCAACACCGAGCCGGCUGCCGAAUCAUCUGCACCACCACAGCCAGUCAUCGCCGCAGUGACCACAGACGCAAUGCAGAACGCAAUCUCAGCUCCCGAAGGCAAUUUCGCUACCGCUCCGGAGUUCUCUAUGCAGGCGCCCCUUAUGACUUCCGCGCCCCACGGCAUGGCCUUCGAGGCACAGCCGUUCACGCCUGACAUGAACGGCCAGCCAAUGUUUUUGCAGGAUGUCAACUUCGGACCUUCAUUUUCACAAGACUUCAUGGCCAUGCCAGGCAACUACGACCUCUUCAUGCAACAGGCUGGUGCUGUCAGUGCAGUUCCCGUGACCAUGGACACGAUUCCUGCCAACGUCGUGCCGACACCACCUGCUGAGAGUGCGAGUCCCAACGCGGUGUCUUCGUUGACAUCGCCAUACGUUCAUCAAAGCCAAACUGAGGAUGAAAAGCCACAUUUGAUUGUGGAUAGUCCCCAGGAGGUUGUUGAACUUUCGGCCGCCACCGGCCAUCCAACUCCGGCCGAUUCAACCACGACUUGGUCCUCGGCUGCUCCAGGACAAGAGUUCUACGAACAGCAAAAUGCUUCUGCCCCGGUGCUUGCCGUCAACGAGCAAUCUCCAGCGUCUGUCGAUUCUGUCGAGCGCCACGAGUCGUCCGGCUUGACUGAGUCCAUGAACAAGGUCGGCAUCGAUCAGCCAUCUUCCGACAGCGAAUCCAGCUUCAAGGCACCUUCUGAGAUCUCCGGCCUUGCUGCUCGACGGCAGAAGCCGAGGCCUGCGAAUUUGAUGUCCACAGCGCUCCGCAGCACCUCUUACACCGCUGGCGUACCUGGGUCCCCGGGUGCGAAUCCUAACAAUCAGGACCAGCUGCGUCGCAUCAGAUCGCACGGCGUAGGGGUGAACAAUGGUCGGAUCACGAAACCUUCCGGUCCACAAAAAUCGCCAAUGCACGCAAACUUUGAUGCAGCUGCCAUAGCUUCGCCCAAAUUCGCUCGACAUGCCUCCAAUUACUCGGUUUCCACAAUCAACUCCAGCGGCCCACUGACCGCCACCACAAUGCCAAAUAGCCUCGCCCCACCAACCCCAAUCACACCAAACGAGCUCACAAGAUUUCCCAUUGGACAGGCGCCUGGCUUUGGCUUUCCAAAUGGCUCGCCUGGCGGCUUUGGCUGCGAAGACCCUAUCUAUCUUGAUACCUCGUCUCCCAUGGCGAAGCUCGACAUGCAGCAAAUGGAGCAGUACCGAGCCAACCUUAUGGCUCGGCAUGAAGCGUCACUUUUCAACACCCCUCCUCAGUCUGCGCCUGCGAGCCAGCAACAUUUCGGCUUCACUCCGCCGAACAUGGCUCCUCGCAUGAUCAACGGGCACAGCGGGCUUGGUCACGUUCGAAGACCCUCAUUACCGGGCCAUACUAACCAGGAGCUGAACGGACAGCUCCAGGCUCCACUGCUGCUACAAUCGGGGCAAGGAACACAGCCUCCAUACAACCCUCACCUUGCUGAGGCUUUCAAAGGUGACUCGAAUGCAUUCGUAAUGCCGCAGGGCCUGCCAACGGGUGACACGUUCUUCCAAUUCAUGGCACCUCCACAUAUGAACAUGAACGACUCGAAACUACCUGUCCAUUUUCACAACCAGACGCCAGAGGACUUCCAGAACACCGUGCGACCAAAAUGAGGGACAUCUCGCGACCACUGAAAGUCGCACAUUGAUUCGCAACACAAAUGUGCACGUACCACUCUUAACAUAUUGACGAUACCCCGGAACCUUUUCCAUCUAUAUGCUGGCUGUAUCUUUAUUCGAUUGGCACUUGCGAGUUCAGUCGUCUGGUCGACAUUUUCAACCCACGGUGUCCAACGAAAAUCCUCUCAUGAGCAUCUUUCAGCGUCGGCGUUUUAAACUUGGAUAAUGGGUCGUUUCUUUCCCCUUGUUCUGCGGCAAUCGACCCUGCGCUACAUGACACAGUGGUUGCAGGUUCACUAAUCCCUAAUCCAACCUUUAUUUUCCUCUUGCCACUCUAAUGACUUUUUUAUUUAUUUAUUUAUUUUUUUAUAAACUGGGCAAUUUUGGGAGAGGGCCACUUGCAGCCCUCAUGAUGGCAACGCAAUUCAGGCUUGGAAAUCUUACAAAAAUGCAGCGACGCAGAUGGGAGGCUCUCCUUACGAAAUUUUAUCUGUACUCUACCUGAAAGGGAUACAAUUUUGUGAUCUUUUUUUUUUAUUUGAAUUUCAUGAUGACCUUUCUACAGAAAAUUAUCCUUUGAACACUGCAGCCAUUCUUUCUUGUUUUUCUUUGUCAUUCUUUGGAUCAAUUCGUUGUCUUAUCCUUUUAAUGUUACUUACGUGGUCAUUUGGGUACUGUCUUGUUUGGAUCUUGGCCUCUGAAUUAGUGUGAGUGCAUUUGGGAUUAUAAGUUGUAUUCUUUGUGUAACUCAGGGCAGAAGAGUGCCGCUAAACAAAAAUGAUACUUAGAGUUCAUGCUCCUAAUACAACCCGUGCUGAGUUAUGCACAGCUUAA